AAUUGAGUCCAUCCAUAAGUGACAUGUACGAUGGAGAACCUGGAAAGAGAUGAUUCACUCAAGAGGCCAUGGGACACCUUUCGAGAGGUUCCUAUAAUUGAAGAUGAGCACACACCUUGGAGAUUCCUAAAGCUUUUAAAGAUCAUCACUUUGUGCGCAGUAGCUAUCGCUGUCUUUGGACUGGCAGUAUGUAGCAAGGUUUCUUUCCUUCUCCUCAUCACUUUAUCCCAUGAAGAUACAAAGACUAUCCCAGCAGGACAGAAACCUGUCACAUUGUUGUGUAUUGGUUGCUCUGUUAUUGCACCUAGUGUUCUUCUGCUCCUCAAAAGCGUCUGGAAAGCAUGUUAUAAAUCAUCAAAGGUGCCGAGGAAAGCAUCUGUAGCCCUGGUUUUGUUCUUCGAGCUUCUAGUUUCUGUGGGGUUGGCCAUUCUUACCAUUGUUGCAAUGCCACACUUGGACAUUGUGACCAAUGUGACGAUUCUUAAUGGUGUGGCUGUCCUCCCUGCAUUCCUGCAAGCGGUCGCUCAGUGUACUGCAAAAAAGAUAAAUGUCUCCCUGCUUCCCUCAAUUCUCGGCGUCUUGGCUAUACUCACUGCUUUCUGUAUUUUCCUUGUCCUGUACAUUCUGAAAGACCUUACAGAUGUGCAGACAGCAACUUGGGUGGGCCUUGCUGUUGGUGGCUGCUUCUUUGUGUCUUUUAACUGGUGGGAGAACUACUUUAUGCUCAUCUGUGUGAACAGCAAAUCAAAGUUCCUUAAAAGUCUUUUUGAGGACUUGACCAGGAGUCAGAACAUGCUGCACAUCCUCUCCAGCUUACUCAGAAUUGUGGUGACUGCCUGUGUGCUUGGUGCUUAUGUCCCUCUGGCCAACAUGGACUGGGACAUUGUGACCUCCAUUCCAGGCCGGGAAACAAGAAUUGUAGUCAUCACCAUUGGAGUCCAGCUAAUCUCCUCAGCACUCUGCCACUGGUUUGCUUUGGCAGCCUUCAAGAUGCACGCUAUACGGAGAUGCUUCAUCAUACCUUUGUACCUGGCUUCACUGGCUGUGAUGGUGUUCUACAUCGUCCCUGUGAUUGUUUACUUUGAGGGCUAUAAAGUAAGCCUGAACACAACUGAAAACAUCAACUUCACAAGUUACUGUGACGUAGCUGUGAAUGGAAGAAAUCUAAGUCUGAUUGGUAACCUGUACCCAGAGCUGGUUUUGGACGUUACGCAAACUCUGUGCUUCCUGAACAUGUCAGAGAUGGUUGACAUCGGCUUACUGACGGGUGCAGCAUUUGGAUGGUGGAUUGGCCUUGUGAUGGCCACUAUCCAUAUAUGGUUCUUUAACGUCAAACGUAUCCAGAAGACACAAGACUUGUUUGUUCGGCGGCUUUAUGAGGGAGCCUUUAUUGAACAAUCUUUACUCCUCAACACCAGAUUCCACAUCCAGACAAAACAAGGAAGGAAGAAACAUUAUAGGGAAGACGCCUCCCCAGCUAUGUUGUAUCUUUGCGCAACAAUGUGGCAUGAGACCUAUGAGGAAAUACUGAAUAUCAUGAUCUCAGUUUUCAGAUUGGACAAGUACAGACCAAAGAUAGAUCCAACGAUGGAUGAUUUCACCUUUGAAGCCCAUAUCUACUUUGAUGAUGCUUUUGAAAAUGUCAAAGGAAGUCAGAUUCGUCAUCUAAACUCAUAUGCAAAGGACCUUGUGCAAAUCAUCACUGAGGUUUAUGGCAUUUUCAAGAACCUUGAUAAAACAUUCUUUGAGGUGGAGCAGGAAAUUCCUCACCAGUCAAUCAUAGCGACACCAUAUGGAGCCCGUUUGGUUUUUGAAAUGCCUCAUGGGAAUAACAUAGUAGUUCACUUCAAAGACAAAGAGAAAAUUCGGAACAAGAAAAGAUGGUCUAUGAUUAUGUAUCUUUACUAUCUCUUGGGUUGGAAGCUUAUGAGCAAACAUCACAGCCAAUGGAAGUUAGGAUGCAGUGAUGAUGAAAUAAAGACAAACAUUAAGAGGGAGAAGGACAACACCUACCUCAUGGCUUUAGAUGGGGACACAGAUUUCCAACCACCCUCAGUGAUGCUGCUUAUUGAUCGUCUGAAAAUGUAUCCUCGUGUCGGAGCAGCAUGUGGCAGAAUUCACCCUACCGGAUCAGGUCCUGCUGUUUGGUUCCAGAAGUUUGAAUAUGCUGUCAGUCACUGGCUGCAGAAGACAGCAGAACAUGUGUUUGGCUGUGUACUGUGUAGCCCUGGAUGCUUCAGUCUAUAUAGGGCAGCGGCUUUGUUGGAUGAUAAUGUGAUGAAAAGAUAUUCAACCCUAUCCACUGAGCCCAGUCACUACAUCCAAUAUGACCAAGGUGAAGACCGUUGGCUGUGCACUCUGCUACUGAAACAAGGGUGGAGAGUGGAAUACAAUGCAGCAUCUGAUGCCUACACUAAUGCACCGACGGACUUUAAAGAACUGUUCAACCAACGAAGACGAUGGGGGCCUUCCACGUUGGCGAACAUUGUGGAUCUGCUCAGUUCCACCAAUCUUGUUUCAAAGAGGAACCCAUCCAUGUCCAAACCGUUCAUGUUCUACCAGCUGUUUGCCUUGAUUUCGGCCAUCCUUGCUCCAGCCACCAUUGUUCUCAUGGUUGCAGGAAGCUUGUCCUUCGUCUUUGGUAUACCUUCUGGCGCUGCUCUGGUCAUAGCUGUGAUACCCCCAGCCAUCUACUUGGGUCUUUGCUUUAAACUCAAGACAGACACUCAGAUCACUAUUGCAGCAGUGAUGAGCAUCAUAUAUGCAUUCCUUAUGUUGUUGGUGACCAUGUCCAUUAUUGCUGCAAUGGUGAAGGAACAAACCAUUCUGACACCCAGUGCCAUAUUUAUUGUGGCCAUGUCCAUCAUUUACAUUGUCACUGCAUUGAUGCAUCCUCAAGAAUUCCUUUUAGUGUUCUAUGGCCUUCUCUACAUCAUCUGCAUCCCCAGUGCCUACCUCCUGCUCACCAUCUACUCUAUGGUGAAUAUGAACUGUGUCUCUUGGGGCACUAGAGAAGCAAAACCUGCUGCAGGGGCAGGAACACCUGGAACCAAUGUCCAACAAACACAAGCAGAAAAAGCCAAAAAAAACAUGAAGAAGUGCUGCUCAUGGAUGAAAUGCUGUAAAAAACCAAACGAGGGACCAGAGGUUGAACAGAUCAGCAUAAGACAGGAGAAUUUGGUCCCAGAGCCGACACCACCACAACCUCAACCCCAGAACACUAUUAUAGAUGAUGCCUUGGACAAUAGGCAAGAGGUGACAGCUUUUGAAACUCCAGUUCAAUGUUGGAUAACCCAGCUAGAGAACUUGUCUGAUGACAUUCAGCUGCAUGAGGACAUUCUUAAAGAGGAUGAGGUGCAGUUUUGGGAAGAACUUAUUGAAAAGUACUUGAAACCUUUGAAAGUUGACAAAGAAAAACAGGAAAAGACUAAAAAGGACCUAGCGGGCCUAAGAAACAAGAUCAGCUUUUCGUUCUUCUUCUUAAAUGCCCUGUGGUUGGUGGCAGCCUUCAUCUUUCAGGUCUUUGAGGUCUUUGUCAUACAGAUAGAUAUUGUUGACCUAAACCUCGUUGAAACUGGAGGGAAAAUGCAAAUUGAACCACUGAGUCUCAUGUUCAUCCUGGGCUUUGCUGUAUCAGUUUUGAUCCAGUUUAUUGGGAUGUUUUGCCACCGAGUUGCCACUCUCAUUCAUUAUGUGGCAUUUUUGGAAACUGAGCCAAAACAACAGAGAUCUGCACAAAAACAGAAAAAAUUGAUAUCAGGUGCAAAUUCAAGCUCAAGUUUAGCCUCCGACGAUGACCAGAGCUCCAUCAAAGAAGAAUCAGAGGAUGAAAUGAUCGACGAUGAAACUUUUUUUUCAGAGCUGGACUUUGAAGAAGACUUUCAGGAGCCUCAGGAUGCUUAAAAGAAGACUAUUGUACUUCUGUGUGACUUUUAAUGUAGCACUUUGAUAUAUUUCUUGUUAUAUAUAUUAUUUUAAAUGGUACUCAAAAGUAGGCAAAACACCACCUAUAUGACCUCCAUAUGAAGUAUUUUAUUUAAUCAUAACUAGCCAUUAAUUAUAAUUAACAAUUAUUUCAUGCAACGUUGUUUCAUUUCUGAUGUUGUUGGUUUUUUUUAUAUGACAUGUUUCUGUAUCACGUAAUCUACAAACAUAAAAUCAGUGCUUAUUAUAUGCAAUUGGAAUUAGGAAUAUUUAUAAUCUAAGUUUGAGUUAAUCCAUUUAU